UUAAUAAGCGACCCGAUGAUGACGUCACUAGAAAGCGCCACAACCUUUACCAGUAGCGCUACUGGAGCAUAUAGUCUUUAAGUGUUAUUUAAUUGUUUGUAGAAAUGCAGAGAGUGGCGGAGUGUGCUGUAAGACACGCGAGGAACUGUGUUUACGUAAACGGAGUAAAUGGCUCCGUGUUAUGUAGAAGAUACAGUGUCCUUCCUCCAGCACGUGAUGAAGAGGAGAAGGCCAUGUUGGAUAGGAUGCUGAGGGUUGACCACGCAGGAGAGUACGGAGCCAAUCGUAUCUACGCUGGCCAGAUGGCCAUUCUCGGAAGAACUCAGACAGGGCCUCUAAUCCAGCGUAUGUGGGACCAAGAGAAAAAGCAUUUGGAAAAGUUCAACACGAUCCUGGGUGAGCAACGGGUUCGACCGACAUUAUUAUUGCCGCUGUGGAAUAUCACAGGGUUUCUGCUAGGGGCCUGUUCCGCUCUUCUGGGUAAAGAAGGGGCUAUGGCCUGUACGGUCGCAGUGGAGGAGAGCAUCUCUGAGCACUACAACAGCCAAAUCAGAGCGCUGAUGGAGGACGACCCAGAGAGAUAUACAGAGUUACUGCAGAUCAUUAAAGAGUUUCGUGAUGAUGAACUGGAGCAUCAUGACACAGGAUUGGAGCAUGAUGCUGAAUCUGUGCCGGGAUAUUUCUUUCUGAAAACAUUUAUACAGACUGGCUGUAAAGCUGCCAUCUAUAUUUCUCAGCGUGUAUAGUGAGUUCACCUUUUUAAUAAUGCCUGGAAUGUAAAUACGGUUUUGUUUCUGUUAUUCGUGUACAGUAAGCGGUCGAUUCGCUCUUUAAAAGAGGCGCUGAUAAGUUAUGAUGCUAAAGAAAAUUGAGACGAUGUACAAUUUUUGAAGCAAUUUUACAAUUACAAGAAUACAAACUGUUUAUAAAAGCAACAAUUGAACGUGUUUGCACAUAUUUCUAUUGUUAAGUCCAGUCAUUUCAGAGGUGCGAGUUUUUUAGGCUCCACGUGUUGGUCAUACAAAUGCAGUGUAAUCAUGGUAGACGUUCAUGAGUCUUACGUAAAGAUCAUCAAACAAUAGCUCAUCUAUCUGAGAACAGAUCCCAAAGGCUGACUUUUUUUCUCCGUGUAUUUUUGUGUUGGAGUGUUGAAUGGGAAUCAAACCCCCGAUCUGGCAUGGCAUUGCCAGCAGCAUCCUUAAACUAUUUAAGACACAGAUGAAAGUAAGAGCUGAAUGAUUUAUCUGUCCUGUUAACCCGUUACUUCACCUCACAAUACAUCAGAUGAUUCCACCCUCGCAACACCCUGAACUAAACGGAGCUCUGCUUCCCCUGUAUAAACACUGACGUGUGUGUUCAUACAUCUCUUUUAGUUUAGCUCCUUCUGCACUUACUGAUUUUGUUUUAGGAUGGACUUCGAGAUGGCACAUUUUUUGUAACAAAUCUUUGUCCUAUAUCGACUCAAUUUGUUUGUAAAGUGUUUAUUCCUUGCCAGUGUUCUGAAAGGUUUCACCGUACAUAAUACAUUUCUGUAUUGUAUAAAUAAAGCUUCUGUUGUUGUAUUUUCCUUCACUGCAGUUAUGAGAGU